UUUUUCCUGCAGAAGAUUAUUUUAUCAAUAUAUAAUGAGCCACCUACAGACGCAAACAAGGACUCGAAUUCUUUCUCAAGUCUACGUCUUCUCCAUAGCCCACAUUCACUUCAUGAUGACGCAAAAUACAGACUUUUAUCCAAGUUUCAACUCCUCGAUAAACUCUCUCUCUUCCCCCUAAUCGUAAAUGGCCGCGGCUUAUUUUCACCCCAAUUUUUGAAAUCUUUCAUAAUUUAUCGCAGGCCCAGAGGUUAACAGUGUUCGGGUCAGAGAAUUUUUAUCCAUCCUUUUCGCGCGCAUCAAUAAAAUGUCUGUGACAAGCAAGGAUGAACCCAACAAAGUGGCUCUUGAUGUGGGUGCCUGGAUGUUCAAUAUUGUCACCUCCGUUGGUAUUAUUAUCGUCAAUAAGGCUUUGAUGGCUUCAUACGGUUUUACAUUCGCUACAACUUUAACUGGUUUACAUUUUGCUGCCACAACCACAAUGACCCUUGUCCUAAAAAGGCUCGGUUACAUCAAAAGCUCCCCUCUUCCAGUCUCUGAUCUCAUGAAAUUCGUCUUGUUUGCAAAUUUCUCUAUCGUGGGAAUGAACGUGAGCUUAAUGUGGAAUUCCGUGGGAUUCUAUCAGAUUGCAAAGCUAAGCAUGAUACCCGUAUCGUGCUUUCUUGAGGUUGUUUUGGAUGGCGUUCAGUAUUCGAGGGACACAAAGCUGAGCAUUUUAGUCGUCCUAUUGGGUGUUGCCAUCUGUACAGUGACUGAUGUGAGUGUUAAUGCCAAAGGAUUUGUUGCUGCUUUUAUUGCAGUUUGGAGCACGUCCCUGCAGCAGUAUUAUGUUCAUUUUCUCCAAAGGAAGCAUUCCAUUGGCUCUUUCAAUCUACUCGGGCAGACAGCACCUCCUCAAGCUGCAUCGUUACUUUUGGCAGGGCCCUUUGUUGACUACUGGUUGACCGAUAAACGGGUCGAUGCCUAUAACUACACCUACAUAUCAACUAUGUUUAUCGUGUUGUCCUGUGCAAUCGCAAUAGGCACCAACCUUAGCCAGUUCAUCUGCAUAGGCCGAUUCACAGCUGUCUCGUUUCAAGUGUUGGGUCACAUGAAGACCAUUCUUGUCCUGACGCUCGGUUUUCUUUUCUUCGGUAAAGAAGGUCUUAAUGCCCAUGUUGUUGUGGGCAUGAUGUUUGCCAUAGUUGGGAUGGUUUGGUAUGGUCAGGCCUCCUCUCAGCCUGGUGGCAAAGACAGGCCCAGUUUGCCUCCGUCUGGCGAAAAGCCCGAAGACGAAAUUGGGCUCGUGAAAGCCACAGAGGUCGAUGAGAAAGUCUAGUGAGUCCUCAUCCGUAAAUGGAAGAAAAAAAGUAUAAUUUAUUUUCUUUUUUUUUUUAUUUUCUUUUUUGUUGUUGUUUAAUUGUGGAACCAAGAUUUGUGGUAAUCUUAACAAACUGGAGAAAUUAACGUCGAUUGUAGACAAUUUACUUGGCUUAAUAACUUUACUUAUUUAAGGAAUCAAUCAAUCGCUUUCUAUUUCUCUCUCGGUUUCGAAUGUAAGUAUGAAAUUGAGUUGAUGAUGC